AUGGGUCACUGGGACUGGACCGCUUUCUUCAGCUCACGAGACCGGCGGAAUUUCCCCGGCGUCGUGAUGCCGCUUGCCGAUGCCCCAGCAGCUCAACAACCGAUCCCCAAUGCAGAAAAGGAAAAGGAACCGGAUAACGAAGCGAAUAGCAACAAGCUAACCACAAUGUCUUCGGAAGAGAAAGGAGCCAGUCCUGUGCCCCAAAGCGGCUCCCUGACUCUCGAAGCCCUUCGCGCGGAAGUCGAAUCUGACAUUGCCGCCUCGGGUUUGGACACUGCCUAUGAUCGGAAGGCAAAAGUUAUCAACAGAGCCAUUCAGGACAUUGGUAUGGGCCGGUACCAAUGGGAGCUAUUCGUUCUCUGUGGAUUUGGCUGGGUUGCCGACAACCUCUGGCUACAGGUGAGAUUUCCCGAUUGGUUACUGUUCCAGCGGCUGUGA